UUCUGCGGGAUGUACAGUAACUGAUAAAACUUUCAUUAGUUUGAAACCUAAAAGAUAUGCAAUAUAAGGCAAACCCAAAGCCCAUAGAAUAGCUACGCCUUGUUGCUGUUCUCUGAAUAAAGUACUGAGCCUAAAUUAUGUUUACUAAUUGUAAGCUGUGUUACUGUUUCUUUAGAGGCAAUUGACUAGUUUGCUUAAUACUAGUAUUAGUUACUGCGUACAAAACGCCGUUUCCAUUCACGAUGUUCCACUAGGGGGAGCAUAUGUAACAUUUUGAAGAUGCUUUCCUUAAUAGAAUAAUAUUGCGACAUUUUGCGAUAACUUUAACAUUAGACAUUAUUAUCAAAUGUUUUAUUUUGAUAGUAAUUGGAAGAAGGAAUUGAGCAUUUAUGAAUAUUAAAAUAUGCCCUUUUCAUUUCAGAUUCAAACACCUGCAGGAUUUUCCAGCAUAACAGAAUAUUGGUUAUUCACAAAUUUCCAUGUUAAAUAUCAGAAACAAAUGAAUGUUUCUUUAUGUCAAAUUUAUUUGAUAAUUGUAUUUAGAGACAUAAUAUUCUUGUUUUGUUAAUGAAUUAAAAUCAUAAUUUGCAUGAAUGUAUUGCCUUACCAAAAGAUCCAAAAGCACUUUGUAUAGAGUAGGGGAACCUACGUGUGCAACCAUCUUGGACCAGCAGUCCCAAGUACACAACAAUCUCUCCUUCUUAAAAGAAGUUCUGUUCUUGGAGAAAAAAUUGUAAGUGAUUUCUAAUCAACUGACAAUCAAGGAUGGUUAGAUUGAUGGUUUACUACUGCAGUAAUCAACGAGAAUCCUAAAUUCUAUGUUGGAAUACAGUUAAAUUCCAGUCUAGAGUGGAUUUCUCAAACUAAAAACAAAAUUAACAGGUUUAGAUGGAUGUAAAAACAAGUGAAAUGUUUAGUAGAUCUUAAAUCAUGUUAAUUUAUCAAUCUAGACUGAACUGAAAACAAUUUCAAAUCUAAAAUAAAUAUGGUAAAAACGAAACUCAUUGCAUACAAAGAUACAAUAGACAUGUUUUCAUUGAGAUCACAAAAAGGUCAUAUUUCCUCAUAUAAGAAAAGUUCCAACAGGAAAGUUACAGUGUAUUCAGUUGAAAAGUAAUUCUUUGCUUUCUUUACAGUGCUGGGCAUUACAAAGCCCUUUAAGAAAACACUAACAGAUAAUAAAGAAUUGCAAUUAUUUUUAAGGAGGACAGUCGAGUAGUUGAAGAGAUGUUUUUAGUUCGAUUGGAUUAACUCAGCAUUAGUGAUACAUUUAAAGUAAGAACAAUCUAACCAUUUUUGUGCUUUAGUUUUAUAUCUUUUUAUGCUCCCUUUCAUCCCAUGAAAUUUAAUUGAAUUGUGACCGCUGUACAAAGUAAAUUCUUUCACUUGAAUUGAAUGAACAGAAAGCCCCUGAGGCACGGGUGACAUCCGAAGGAAAACCAAGUUCAUAAUAUUCAAUUUGAUAAAGGGGUUGGAGUCUACCAGCUUGAAGGUUUACAGGCUAGUGGUGUUUGAAUUAUUCAUGUUGAAGCUUCUUUCUGGAAAGGUCAAUACUUCUGAGGGCACAAAAAAUCCCCUUUCAUCAUGUUUUACCUCCAAAUGCCAACCUUUUUUUCUGAUUUGGAAAUUCUGUAUUUUAUUAAAAUCUUCACUGAGUGAAUGGAAUUUUCAUUGAUUAAGCCCAAAUUCUCUUUUGUGCUUUUAUUAUUUUUAUUUUGUUGCUUUUGAGCCCUCACAUACUGUACACUCCCACUAUAAAACAGAUACUCCUAUGCCUUCGAGUGGCAUCAGCUUUCUUGUUUUAAACAUUUGGCUUUUUCAUAUAUUUUGUUUCAAUUAGCAGGUCUGUGAAUUCAAGUGAGCCCCUGUAUGGAAGCAUAUAACCUGUUUGUAGGAUCUAUGCUUUAUCACUCAUUAUUAAAAUAACCAUUUUUGUAGCAGAAGGUGUUUAUCAUAAAUAGGUUAUUCCUGAUUAGUCUUGUUCUGGGUUGGAUUAGCACAGUUAUGUAACAUCUGUGACUUAAAACUCUUUAUAUUUGGUUUUAGUGUACUAGUGUGAAGAUGAAAAGUGCACAGUCUUUGGAUAUUGGGACUCUUGUGCAGAUAGCUGAAACACUGGAAUCUAUUGUCUCUCGUUGUUUUGGACCAAAUGGAGGCCUGGUGCUUUUCACAAAAGCCACAGGAGAGGUGCUGUUAACGCGUGAUGGAAAGAAGAUUCUCCAUUCUCUUCUUCUGGAUCAUCCUGUAGCUAGAGUGCUGGUGGACUGUGUUUCUGUCCACUGCAGCAUGACGGGUGACGGUGCCAAGUCGUUCAUUCUGCUCCUGUCUGCGCUGCUUCGAGGGCUUCAGGCCUCAGUGGAGAAGGGCACAGGGCGACAAACAACCUGUCACAACUCUUCAGGCAGAGGAAAGCAAGCAAGUCAAGAAGUAAGACAGGUGGCCAACUGUCUUCUUACAUUUCAGACCCAGUAUGUGUCUGCCUUCCAGGGUGCUUUCCGAAUGCUUCAGCAAACCUGUGAGCCUGUUGGUUUAUGGAACAGUCACCGCUUACACAGCAAGCAUUCUGUAAGAAGCGCCCAUAAAACAAGCUGUAGCUUGAAGUCUUCUCUCAAGUCAGGUAAUGACACAGCUGCUGACAGAAGCAGUGACUGCCAUGAUGAUCAGUGCCCUGCCAUUGAAGAAUUGCACUGCAGCAGUGCUUCAGUAGAUGAUGAAAAGAGAAUGGAAGGAACAGUGAAAAGAGAGCCAAGGAAGCUUCAAAGCAAAAGAUACGACUGCAGUGGUCCACUGAAUGGAACCAACAUCAGUGGUCAUGGCUCAGAUGAAAACUCUCAGGAUAGCACUGAAUCGGGAUCAUGUCCACAACAGUCUAGACCCACAAGUGAUGCUUCUAACGAACUGACAGUACAGAGAAAAUCAGUUCUUUUCAGCGAUCCAGUGAAUAAUGUGCUAGAGAAGUGCUGCAGGAUCACGGUUGGUAAUUUUGAAGCUAUGGGCCAAGUAUUCAACCAAAAGCCUCCUGAGACUUUAAUAGAAGCAGGCAGCAUUUUGCCAGUAGGAGGCGUAUUUGAGUUCCUUUUACACCAUUACCUUAAACUGUACUCCAAGCAGGAUGUUGAGUCCGACACCAAAACAGCUUGCAAUAUAAUUGCAGACGCCGUGCUGAACAUACCCAGAAGUGUUUAUAAGGAAAAGGGCACAAACAGACAAUUUUUAGAAGUGCACACAAAAUUCGCACGUGAUAUAAAAAUAAAAGGCCAAAUAUGUGGCUGGUUAGAUUUUAAUGAGUCGGUGUCCUGUAAAUAUCAGCUGUUGGUCUCAGUGCUGCAGUGUCUGCAUACGCUGGUGUCCCUCGACUUUCUGGUUCACAGCUCCAGAAGGACUCGUACUGGAGUAGAAUGUGAAUCAGAAGACAGUGACUAAAUGAUAAAAUGUUACUUGUUUUGCAACUUGAAGACCUUUGUACAUUGUCUUUUUAUGGAUGUUAAUUAUUUUGAAAAUGGCUUCAGUUUCAAUUUAUGAAUACACUGUACUAAGCACUCAUUAAUGUAACAUCACGAUUUUCUGAUUCUGUAUAUAAAAGUCAAGUCUACAAAUAAUUACCCUUUAAAGUUAUGUGAAAGUUACAUUCCUGUACAUUUCAAGAAGUAUUAUUUUUACUAUAUUCAGUUAUCCUGUAAAUUUUGCCUGCUAUUUAUUGAACCACAUAUUUAUUGUCUUAUCUAAGUGAUUGUUCUGUUUGAGAUAUUCACAAAGUUGUGUGAUUUGUUGAUGGCUAGUGUCCACUAACUUAAGUCAUAGAUGUUUCUAAAAACAUUUGGAUUUGACCUCUGAAAAUCCAGAGGUCUUAGUUCUGUUUUUACUGUUAUUAAAAACAAUUUAACAAUAAUUUAUUCAGAGACCUAUAUUCAACAUAAACACGACGAAUCUGAACUAGUGUAUGAUAUUAAGCACCAAAAACUAUAUGGAUUAAUUUUGAAGCCAUACUAAAUCAAGGACCUAUUUCAUGGAGGAUAGGCUCUUAAAAAUGGUGUUCACCUUUUUAAAAAUGUAUAAGUUUAAAACUUAAGGUUGAGUACCACAACACAGAAUAGUGGUGAGGGCAUCAGACAAGAGGAUCAUGAGCUCACAUCCCAGAUACGACUCUGAUGAUGUUCCUUUGAACAGCGUACGUAAUUCAAAAUUGCUCUGGAAAAAUGCCUAGCUGUGUAAGUACCCUCCAGGCCACCAUUGUAAACAAGAAAUUGUUUCUCAAUUGACUUAUCCGGUUAAAUCAAUGAAUAAAGAGAGGUUUUCUUUUUU